AUGGCCUGGCCGAACCCAUUCCGUCGUCGAACGCCAAACACAAGAGAUUGCUGGGGAUAUACCUUCGAACUCACGGAUGAGCACAUCACGCCCGAACAAUGCGAGCCCUUGAAGUACUCGUACGACGUCCUAGGCGAACAGGUUCUCGAUCGACUGAACGAGAUCUCGCCGCCGGCGAGCAAAGAAUUACCGAGACAUAAUAGCCAGUUCAAGGCGGUUGUGCCGGAGAAUCUGCAUAGCGAGUCGCAGCCGAAAGAGGAGGCCUCGCCGCCGAAGCCCCAGCGGGAUUUGUAUGCUAUAUUGAAAGACAAUGCGGAGAAGGACGAGUUGCUGCAACGCUUCUGGCGGGAUAUACACACAGUACCUGACUGGGUAGACUGGGCACAGAUCGAGCGAGGACAAGAUGUCUUCUACCGCUACGGGGGAGCAUGUCUUACGGGUCUCGCAUAUCAAAGCCUCCUAGGCGGCAUGGGCGCCGCACGAGUCGUCGAGACCUUGGCACGAACAGGUGGGUUCUCGACAAAAGUCGCGCGAGGCAGACUCUUCGAAACGACACAGCAUAUCCUGCAAUGCACCAAAUCCCUGGAGAGCAUGCAACCCGGCGGAGACGGAUUCGCGUCGACAAUCCGGGUGAGGUUAUUACACGCCGCUGUACGACAGAGGAUCAUGAAACUGCGAGCCUCGAGGCCAGAGUACUACGACGUCGAGGCAUGGGGCAUUCCGAUCAACGACCUGGAUAACCUCGGAACAAUCAUCACAUUCUCCGCAUCAUUGAUCUUCAUCGCAUUGCCUCGCCAAGGCCUCUUCCUCCGAAAGCAAGAAAUCGAAGACUAUAUCGCCCUGUGGAGGUACAUCGGCUACGUGAUCGGGUGUCCGGAGGGAUACAUCAAGACUCCUGACGAAGCCCAAAAAAUGAUGGAAGCCCUCCUGCUCUACGAGAUCAAACCGACCCAAACUUCCAAAAUCCUCGCCAACAACAUCAUCACCUCCCUCGAAGGCCAGGCCCCGGGGUACGCCUCCGCCGACUUCCUCAUCGCCGGCGCGCGCUGGAUGAACGGCAACGCCCUCGCGGACGAACUCGGCCUCUCCCGACCAGGCCUCUAUUACUGGUGCCUAAUGGCCGGACAAUGCCUCUUCUUCUGUUUCUGGUGCUACACAUACCGGUCCAUCCCAUCGCUGGAUAAGAAGAAGAUUGAGAUGCUGAAGCGGGUGUUCUAUCAGCUCAUCGUGCAUACGAGUUAUGGGUUGAAGGGGAAGGAGAGUACGUUUGAUUUCAAGUAUGUGCCGGAGUAUGGGACUGUGACGGAGCAGGGCGAGGCGUGGGAGGAGCGGGCGAGUCGGAGUCAUGUGGAGGAGAGGAAUUUGAAGACUUUUGUUGUUGGGGUCGGGGUCCUCGCUGUGGGGGGUGUGGUCGGGCUGGGGAUUUUGGGGCGGUUGUGGAGGGUGUUGGGUUGA